UCCACAUUGCGAGCAGGAGGUGACUAGUGUUUAGACAAACAUAUUAGCGCACGUUACGUACCUGUGCUGUUCGGCAAUUACGAAGAAUACCAGAUCGACGCGUGGUGGCUUAGGAGGGCCACCAUGGACUACAAGGGAACUAGUUGGGUGAAAAAAGAGAAGAAUGAAAUAUAUGCUGAACCAGAAUCCUUGUUUCUUGAAGGUCCGCUAAAGAUUGUAAUGCCUAGUCUCCAUAUAAAGCAAGACCUAGAACUGAAACAGGAGGAUGGCAUUGAGCGUGAUUGUCUUGAAGAUAACUUGGUAAUCUCUCAUCCAAAUGAUUUUAUCAAGGAGGAUCCUGAACUAAAUUUGGAGGUGGCAGCCUCAAUAAGAAAUGCAUCUGAUAAUUUAAGUUUCAUUCAAAGUGCUGGUGACAGCUGUGACAUUUCAUAUCAAGAAACAUUACAUCAAGGAUUAGUCAAUGACAAGCUGGAGAUAUAUGCAGAGAAGUCAACAGAUUUCAGUGUGUCUCACAACUAUACCAAAAUACAGACUUCACAAGAAGAUGGCUCAUGUGGCACAAGAUUAAGUUGUAGCAUCAGGGAAAAGGAAUUCCAUAAGUUUAACUGUAGUUUCUGCCUACAGAGCUUCCCUUCAAAAUACAGACUCAUAAUGCAUAUUUUCAUCCACAUUGACGGUGUGCAGGCACCUGCAUUUGUGUGUAAGUCAUGUGGUGAGGUAUUGCCCACUGAUGACUGCUUGAAAGAACAUUUGAGAAUGAAGGAGGGUGACCAAGCAUUAUCUGCUACCAACACUAAGAAACUUGAAUGCAGUGAUCAUGAAAACAAUAUCUCCUUAGAGUGUGUACAAGAAGGAAUUGUGGAACAGACUGAGGAGCCCCCUUCGUGCAAGGUACCCAGGAAAACUUUUAAAAAAUCAUUUAAAGACAUAUGUAAUACACAUACUGUGAAAGAAGCUGAAGAGAAACUCAAAAGAUGUAAUGACUGUGGAAUUUUAUGUCAAAGUGACCAUGUUCAUGUCCACACUGUGCUAAGUGCAAAGAGACAUCACAAAUGUGAUGUUUGUGGUAAAAUGUUUACUCAGUUAUGCAAUCUUAAGAAACAACGAUUAAUACACACUGGAGAGAGACCCCACGAAUGCGAUGUUUGUGGAAAAUCGUUUACUGAAAGCUGCAAUCUGAAGCACCAUGAAUUAAUACACACUGGACAGAGACCACACAAAUGCGGUGUCUGUGGAAAAUCAUUCACUCACCCGGGCAGUCUCAAGACCCAUAUUUUAAAACACACAGGAAAGAGACCACACAAAUGCGAUGUGUGUGCAAAAUCGUUUACUGUAAGGGGCAGUCUCAUGAAACAUGAAUUAAUACACACUGGACAGAGACCCCACAAAUGCGAUGUCUGUGGAAAAUCAUUUACUCAGUCGGGCAAUCUCAAGCAACACGAAUUAAUACACACUGGACAGAGACCACACAGUUGCAAUGUCUGUGGAAAAUCAUUUACUCAGUCGGGCAGUCUCAAGACCCAUAUUUUAAAACACACAGGAAAGAGACCACACAAAUGCGAUGUGUGUGCAAAAUCUUUUACAGAAAGGGGCAGUCUCAAGAAACAUGAAUUAAUACACACUGGACAGAGACCCCACAAAUGCGAUGUCUGUGGAAAAUCGUUUACUCAGUCGGGCAAUCUGAAGCAACAUGAAUUAAUACACACUGGACAGAGACCACACAAUUGCGAUGUCUGUGGAAAAUCAUUUACUCAGUCGAGCAGUCUCAAGAAACACGAAUUAAUACACACAGGAAAGAGACCCCACAAAUGCGUUAUGCAAACGGUGAACUUAGAGCUGAGCGCCAACCUUAAUGCUGAAAUUAAAAAGGCGAAUUCGGAGCUGAACUAUAGGCUCACAGAAGUUCAUAGGGAAGUAAAAGAGGAGGUAAAGAAUCUCGGCGUCAAAAUAGAGAAAGAGAUUGCCAUCAUCAAACGAAUGGCAAUUGAAGCCAAAUUAAUUGCGAAAGGUGCAAGGAAAAUAGCGAGAGAAACUCGGGACUCCACGCAAAGCACGGCAAAAGUAGGAAAGGUCAUGUUAUCAAGGCUACAGAACCGGAUUAAACGCGACGAAGAAAAGCAACAAGAGCAACCGGACAUAGGGCCUAACGAGAUGUGGAAAGAGGAGGUGGCGUUAUUAAAAAGAAAUUUAGAGGACGAGGUAAAACGUCUCAUUACAGAGACAUCAGGAAAGGAGACGGGUGUAAUUACUGCAUCGAAUGAACCGUCACUUGCCGGAACACAGAUAACCGCUUCAUGA